ACUUGUCUGCACGUUAUUGAACAGCUGCCUUAGUUAACUCUGUCGAUAGGAGAUUACAAAUCAAAAAGAGAUUCACAAUGCGUCUGAUAAUAACAAUGUCAGUUACCAUGCUACUAGUUGUAGCAUUCGCAGAGGAUGUACAAGCACAAAGAGGUGAAUCAAACGAUGGAACCGGGACGGGAGGAGCAGUUCCAACAAUGCCACCUGAUGAUGGCUCAUCAGACAACUCAGGUGUUACGGAGAAAGCCAAUCAGGAGGCAAGUUCAGCAAACAACGAUGUGUCUGGCUGCGGAGAGCAGAAUGCAGAUUACAAAGGAGUACUUCGUUUGGAGGAAACAGUCGACGCUAAAACGGCUAAGAAGAUAAUGAAUCUCAUCAAGAAAGGAAGACAAAACGUGGCUGGUGGCAGAGCAAAUGGAAAGAGAAACGUGAAGGUAACACUCGAGACAAAUGUCAACUACGACAAUAAGGAUCUACUUGCUACCCUUGACAAAGAAGAGUCUGCCUGUUCUGCAAAGUCAGGCAGUAACGAUGGCAAAGGAAACUCAAAUGGAGAUCGUUCCAGAGAAAACAGUCAAAACGGCGCAAAGAACUAGAUGAACAAACAGUGAUGAUAGAACGGAUAAAUCAACUACAUUACAUAACCCUGACGAAUUAGACAGAGACCCUAAUUCAUCCAAUAAAAAUAACAAUUAGUCCGCCAAAUACUCUCCAACAACAUCAGGCUUCCUGUAACGCAAAUGAUAAAAUGGACAAACGCCCAGGUGAUACAGUGAAAACUUCAACCUUCAAAAAAUAAGAAUUUUAACGUUAACAGACUUAAGAUACUAUCAAUAAGUGUAUCAUUAUUAAACUUUAUUGGAUGUAUUUUUUUGAAAGGUAAAACACCUACAAAUAUUUCACUGUGUUUAUGUUUCUUUUUAGAUUACAUUUUUCUUCUGUUCAAUGUAAAUUCUAGAUUUUUUUUUUAUUUCUUUCCUUUGUUUCAAUCGUUCUGAUUUUAAACUUA